CCCGCGGCAGCGCCCCCUGGCGGCGGAGGGCGGAGCGGGCCAAGAUGGCGGCGGAGCCGGGCCCGGGCCCGGGGCCCGACCCGGAGCUGGAGGAGCUGCUGGAGAGUGCCCUGGAUGACUUCGAGCGCAGCCGCCCCGCGCCCCCUCCCCCUCGCAGCUCCUCGCCCUCCCCUUCCCCCUCCCCUUCCUCCGCCGCCGACUCGGCCAAGGGCUCGCUCUUCUCCUCGCAGGAGAGGUUCUUCCAGGAGCUGUUCGAGGGCGAGCUGGCGGCGCAGGCGGCGGCCGAGUUCCAGGAGGCCAUGCAGGAGCUGGCCCGGCAGGAGCCCCAGCUCGUGGAGCAGUUCCAGAAGCUCUCGGAAGCUGCUGGAAAAGUUGGCAGCGACGCCGCCUCGCAGCAGGAAUUCACCUCCUGCCUCAAGGAGACCCUGAGCGGGCUGGCCAAGAACGCCAAUGACCUCCAGAAUUCCCCAGGCUCGGAGGAGGAGCUGGCCAAGGCCCUGGAGGGGCUGGGGCUGGAGGAGGGCGGCGGGGACGGCGUCCUGCCCGUCAUGCGCAGCAUCAUGGAGUCCCUGCUGUCCAAGGACGUGCUCUACCCCUCCCUCAAGGAGAUCACCGAGAAGUACCCCGAGUGGCUCCGGCAGCAUGAGGACUCGCUGUCCCCGGAGCAGCGGGAGCGGUUCCGGGCGCAGCAGGCGCUGAUGCUCCGGAUCUGCGCGGAGCUGGAGCGGGAGCGGCCGGAGGAGCCCGAGGGGCAGCGCCGGGAGCGCUUCGAGACCCUGCUGGACCUGAUGCAGCAGCUGCAGGACCUGGGCCACCCCCCCAAGGAGCUGGCAGGGGACACGCCCCCAGGACUCAACCUGGAUCUGCCAGGGGGGGUGACAGGGGAGCAGUGCCGCCUCAUGUAGGGGAAUUUUGGGGUCCCCCCCCGCCUCGUCCGACCCUAAAUGAGGAUGAAGAGGAGCCCAGGGGGGUUCAGACCUCCCCCCCCCAAAUUUUGGGGGUUUUUUGGGGGGUGAGGGGUGCAGGGACCCCCCUAUUUGGGGAGGUGUCCCCCCCUCGCCCCCCCCCCGGUGUCCCCAAUAAAGAGUUGGUGACGGGA